CCUUUAUCGAUCUUUGUGACUUUCCAAUACGAUUCCUUCACCAUUCUGUCCUCAACACCCACACACGAAGACUCACAGGGUUCGAACGAUGAGCUACUCCUUCUUUUGUGGUACAUAAAGGCGGUUCCUGUUACAACGCCCAAGAAGUGCACUUGCGCUUCGACUUUUCCGAACGAUCGCCUUUCCUUACCAUGACAACCAAUUCUCGCUCGGCUUCUGGUGAUUGAUCCGACAUCAUUUAACAAUGUCGGUCAGCGCGAACUCGCUGUCCCAGUACCUGGAGCAGCUGCCCGGGACCACUUUUAGGAAACUGUACCAGCAGCCCUCCACAGCCUUUGCCAUCUUCAGGCGCAUGCUUCCUCACACAGCCAAGACCAUUGUGAUGGCAGUCCUUUAUUCCCCCACACCAUUCUCUCUCGCCGACCUCGACCUAUGGGUUAAACCCUCCGCGACUCGCGAAAAGGACCAGGCUUUAGCCAUCCUUCGAUCUCUCCAUAUAGUCCAACCUCAGUCGUUGGCCCUGACUGUUAACUUCAAGAAUAGCUUGCGGCUUGCAUUGGAAGGAGGAGGCGACCAUAAUUCAUUCGGCGUCCCAUCCACCGAUCCUAUACCCGACGAGGUCGACCAUGCGUUCCUCGAUAAAUACGCGAGAAAGAAGUGGGACGAUAUCCUACACUACGUCGUUUCCGCUACCGGUCUGACCAUGGAGAAGGGGUCCAGUGGUCCUAAGCAGUCCGUCAAGGACCUUCUUAUGGCUGGUCGUCUAGUCGAGCGUAGUCAUGGCGAACUCAAAAUCACACAUAUCGGCUUCUCGUUCUUGCUGCAGGAAGCAAAUGCGCAGGUCUGGGCUCUGCUACUCCUCUGGCUCGAGGCUAUCGACGCAGCCAAUGCCAACGGGUCAAAAUCAGAUAUGGACGGCGUGGACAUGCUAUCAUUCUUCUUCCUUCUAGCCUCCCUUGAAUUUGGGCGCGCGUACAGCACCGACGCCCUGACCGAGAGCCGGCGCAACAUGCUACCCGUGCUCAUCGACUUCGGUCUUAUCUACAUCCCCCAGCAUAACAAGCGCCAAUUCUUCCCCACGCGCCUCGCCACAACCCUGACGAGUAAUGAGACGGCCCUCCGCAGCGUCAAAGCCGGGUUCUCCGCGGCCGCCAGCGCGACGAGCGACGAGCAGGACAAGUGCACCAUUAUCCUCGAGACCAACUUCCGAAUGUACGCAUACGUGCACUCGCCCCUGCAAAUCGCCGUCCUAGCGCUCUUCUCCGACCUCAAGUUCCGCUUCAAGGGCCUAGUGUCGGGCCACCUAACGCGCAAGUCCAUCAAGAAAGCCGUCAGCCACGGCAUCACGGCCGACCAGAUCGUCUCGUACCUCUCGACGCACGCGGACGAGCAGAUGUACCGGUACGCGGCGUCGACCAACAAGCCGGUCCUGCCGCCCGUCGUCAUCGACCAGAUCCGGCUGUGGCAGCUCGACACGGAGCGCGUGUCGACGACGGAGGGCUACCUGUUCAAGGAGUUCAGCGACUACAAGGACUACAAGGGCGUCGCCGACUUCGCGGAGAACAUCGGCGUGUGCACCUGGCGCAACGAUAAGAAGGGUAUCUUCUUCGCCACUAAGGUUGAGCAGAUCAAGGACUUCAUGAAGUCUCGUCGUAAGGCGAAUGAGGCGGGCGGUGGGCAAUAAAAGUUCACGCCGCUGAAGGUUGAUUGGAUGGCGGAUGGAUGGGGGUACGGAGUGAGUAGACUUUUUGUCCUUCGUAUUUUGAUUUGCAUCCCCGUCAUCAUCAUCAGGUUAGGCGUUCUACGGUCUGCAGGCAUGCAUUUGGGUACGGCUGGGACGGGAUGGCUUUUUGCGGUCCACGGCAUAAGCAAGUAGACAGGCGUUUAAAAGCCGUUCCGUAUUAGGGGCUUUUGCCAUGCUUGCAUUGAGGGAGAAUACAAAAGUUUUCUUUACGAAUACCACGAACUCAUAUCUUCUACGAGACAGUCACGAAUAAUCAGUCCAAUAU